AUAUAUGUAUAUGUCAAAAGUGUAAUCAAAACAAAAAGUUUACACGCCCAUGAAUUGAUUACUAACAAUAAUAAUAAUUACAAAAGUGGUCUUUAUAUAAAUCAUGAAAUUAUUUUGGUUUUGUUUUAUUAUCAUUUUUAUAAAGUCUCAAAUAAAUUAUAGUGAGGCAGUAAGAUGUUACCAAUGUGGUUCUGAUAACCCACAUGACGAUAAUUGUGGUGCAUAUAAAAAAUUUGAUAAAAUAAAUCAUAUAGCAAUUGAUUGUAACAGUGAAGAAAGUCAUAUGCCUGGUUCAUUUUGCAUGAAAGUCACUCAACAAAGUCCCAGAGGAUUUGUUUGGGAUGGUAGAUGGAGGCAAGUCAUUAGGAGGUGUGCAUCUGUUGCAGAAACUGGUGUUACUGGAGUUUGCAAUUGGGGUGUAUAUGAAAAUGGUAUUUAUUGGGAAGAAUGCUAUUGUUCUGAAGAUGAAUGCAAUGGUGCUAAUAUCAGUACAGUAUCAAUAUUACUAAUUGUUACUUGUUUAACCUUUUUAAGGUAUAUUAUAGGAUAAACAAAACAUAUUUCUAGGAACAAAACAUUAAAAAGUAUUUUUCACUAAAUAGUAGGUAAAAAGGCAACUGUAUUAAUGAAUUUUUAAAUUCGUUUGUAUGAAAACUCGUAUCACACAUUUUUCAACAUUCAUGUAAGAAAAUUCAAAUGGAAUAAAUUCAUUAUUGCAGUUCCUAUACAUAUAAAAAAUCUCGAAACUUGUUGAAUUUAAAUUAAGCAUUGAUAUUAACAGGCAUAAUUGUCUAUUUUUUAUAUGGAAAGUUAUUUUAAUUAAUUAUCUGGUAUCUAUUCUCAUUUCUCGUGUUUACUUGUUUCUAAGUUUGGCCGUGGUCUUUGCAUUUACUUUCAAUUUAUUUGGUCUCUUUUUUUAUUUCAUCUGAUCAUAUUUUACCUUUCUGAAUCCCUAUUGUAAUAAUAAGAUUGUUAUAUAAUGUCCAGAAUUAUCUACAUCAAUUGAUUAAUUAAUUAAGUACAUCCUAAAAGGGUACUGCUCUGUGAAUUUUUUUUAAACCGAUUAAUUAGACAACAGUUUCAUGUGAGAAAGGAGAAAAAUCAAAACCUUCUUUUUACAUGUAUAUGUCAAAACAGUUUUGAUUACCUACAGAGAUCUUGGGGUCAUUCAUUCUAUAUGAAUAAAGAGUAGUUGAGAAUUGUAAGUGAAGAUUAUAAUUCUUCAAUUUUCAAUUAUUUAGAGAAAUUCUAAAAAUUUUUACUUUUCUACUUGAUAAACGUUACAGUUUUUCACAAGUUAUUGUUAUUCAAUUUACGAAAAAAAGUGUAUAUAAAGAAAUAAUCUUGAUAUUAGAUAUUUUAUCAGCUCUAAAAGUUGAUGUACAUAAUUCUGGAACUUUUUUUAUAAUUUCAUAUAGGUAUUUAUAGCUUAUAACAAUUAUUUCAAAUGUGAUACUUGCUUUUCAUGAAAUAUUUAUUAUUCUUAUCAAUGAAUCUUUAUUUUGGUUUUUUUCUCAAAAUCAAUUGCAUUUCUUAAUGAAAAUAUUUGUUUUAAUUUUUUUAUCUAAUGUUAAAAUGAAAUAUUUUUCAAAGAGGUUAUAAAAGAAUCUCGCAACUAUUAUGAACCAUUUUCUUGUUCAGCUGAAUUACCAGCAAAAAUAUUACAAUUUUUCUAUAGUAUUUAGUAUGGAGGGUAAAGGUAAGGAGAACCAUCUCUGUGCUACAAAUUCUUUACGUUAGGGAGGCGCUACUAGUACAUAAGUGUAAAUUUUAAAUAAAGCGCUAGUAAUUCAAAAAAGACAGAGAAAGAAAGAAGUGAUAAUUGACACUGUUUUUCUAGAAAUUCACUAUAAUUAAUUAACAGUCGGCGUUAUCUCAAAUUAGCUUUUCUAGGUUAUAUUUACAAAAUUAUUUUGUACUUUAUGAAUAGUUUAGAUUUUGUAUACCAAUAUUUAAUUAACGACUGUAAUCAUUUAAAAUUUUUUAACACUGCAUACUACAUACACACAAUUUCCCUUGAGACGAGCCCGUCCCUCUAGGCAUCCACCCCCGGAUAAAUCCACGAGUGGGUAUGAAGAAGAACAUUCCACCACCUCCUGUCAUUUCGACAGGUCCUCAUCCACUUUCGCGUCGCAGUUUCGCGCGUAGACUCCUUCCUCUCCCCUGAGGUCUAUGGGAGAUUCUGGGAUGUCUUAUCUUUUUGUUAAGAGAUUAGCCUGUUGGCUAUACACUCUUGGGUUCUUGGUCUGGACGUCUUCAUGUGUGUGUGUGUUUCGCUGCCUCGGGUAAACCUCUUCCUACCUCCUACCGGUAGGAAAAGAUCUAAUCCGAGUGGUCCUUCGCCUUCUCUAUAGCUGUCCCCGAUGUAUGCUUAUGAAAUGCAGAGUUACCGUGUCUUGUGGGUUGACUCUAUCCAUCCAAUUGUCUUCUGGGCCUCUUGUGUUUCUUGUAGUCUUCCUUAGUGUAUCUUAUGAGUUCCUUCAAUUCUUCGUUGGGGUGCGUUGCCAACUCCUCGAAUAGCUUUACUGCCCUAUGGUCCAUAAUGUCUAAUACUUUUUCAGGUCCCGUUUCUCCGUAUAUUUCCUCGCUACUUGUUGUCCAGUGAACAUUUAGUGCUUGUCUCGGCGUUAUGUUUUGUUGAGCCUGUAGUUUCUUCCUGUCCGAUUAAUCCGCAUAGUCUUGCUCUCGCUUGUCUCACUUUAUCAACAGUGUUUUCCACGUGUUCGUUGAAAGUGAGACUUUGGCCUAGUGUUACGCCUAGGUAUUUUGCCUUUUUUGUCCACUGGAUUUCUUCGUUGUUAAUUUUUAUUUUCCGGUCGGGUUGGUGGCUCUUUUUUUUUUCUAGAAGAGAACUGCUUGGCUUUUCUCGCAGUUGUCCUGUAUUUUCCAUGUUUUGCACCAUUCGUCAAUCUUUUUUGCGGCAUUUUGGAGUCUUCGUGAUGUUUUUCACCUUAACGCACCUUGUUGCUAUUGCGGUGUCGUCCGCAUAUAGCGCUGCCAAGGUGUUUUCCGUUUUCGGGAUGUCUGCUGUGUAUAUAUUAUACAGCAUUGGUGAUAGUACCGCUCCUUGCGGUACUCCCGCCUGCUGCUCUCCGACUUCCGAUUUUUCGUUUGCAACCUUCGCCUGAAACUUCCUGUCAUUGAGGUACGUGCUCAGGAGUUUUAUGAGCGGUUUUGUAUAUCCUGCCUCUUUCAUCUUGUAGAGCAAGCCCUCGUGCCAUACUCGGUCGAAGGCUUUGCUUACGUCUAGGAAGAUUACCCCUGUGGAUUCUUUCUGGUUGAAACCUUGAGUAGUAUAUUCUACUAGUCUCAAAAUUUGUUGUUCGGUGCUGUGGUUUUUCCUGAAGCCGAAUUGUUUCUCUGGUAUAGUGUUUAAUGUCCUUGUUUGUUCGUUCAGAAUCCUCAGUAUCACUCUCUCUGCGAUUUUACUCAUGGCAGGUAGCAAACUUAUCGGUCUAUAGUUUUGGGGGAAAGUGGGGUCUUUACCGGGUUUUCUCAGCAUGAUAAUGUCUGCUUGUUUCCAUCUCGAUGGGAAGUGUUUUAUCUUCAGCAUGCCACUUAUUAUGUUCGAAAGGUAUGCCAUACCUUUUUUUGGCAUGUUUUUCAGCGCUCUGUUUGAGAUUCCGUCUACUCCCGGUGCUUUCCUUGCUGAUGCAAACCUAAGUAAUUCCUUCACUUCCAUCGGUGUUGCGAAUCCUAGGGUUUCUUGGUCCUCCUCGUCUUCUAGGUAUUCGUUUAUAUUUUCUUCUAUCAUGUCUGAGAAGUCCAUGUCUUCGUCGGGAUGCUCGUUCAGUGUGAACUGAAGUUCCAUUGUGUUUUUCAGCUCUUCUGCUUUCUCUUUGUCUGUGUACGCCAUCCCGUUGCUUCCGUGUAUUGGCGGCAUUGGUUUUCUUUAUUCUCUUAGGACUUUAGAUAUGUUCCAUAAUCCGGGUUUUUGCGGGUCUAAUUCGUUUAUCCUUCUGUUCCAUUACUCGCUUCUGUGUUCCUGUAAUUUUUCUUGAAUUUCCUGUUUCAUUUCCCUGACUCUCCUUCUUUCUUCUGGGUUUUGUGUCCUUUGGGCUCUUCUAGCUAUUGGGUUUUUCUCCCUAAUCAGAUUUCUCAGAUCGUCGCUUAUAUUUUUGAAUCUGCCGUAUUUGUCUGCUAUAGUCAUUGUGGUACUUCGUUCUAUCGCUUCUGAUAGUGCUUCUUCGAAGAAACAGACCUGUUCUUCUAGUAUCUCCUUGCUUUUUAUUUCCGUGAUUGGUCCUAACAGCUGUCCUGUUAGCCUUCUGAAUUUGUCCCAGUUGGUUUUUCUCACGGUUCUUCCUGUUUGUCUGUUGCCGCUACCAAUGGUAACGACGAUUGGUGAGUGAGCGUCGCCGCCGUCUAUGGUCCCGAUUACCACAGGCAUCGUCAUGUCUCUCAACACAUCGAUGUCUAUAACCUCGGGCCCUCCUCCGUUUGGUGGGUAGUGUGUCGGUCUUACUGGUCCUAUCGCUUGAUAGGAUGAUGGGUGAUCUUCUAUGAUCUUUUCCAAGUUUCUUCCUUCUCUGUUUCUUCUUGUGCUGUACCAUGCAGGGGACUUUGCAUUCAGAUCUCCUAUGAUAAUGCCUUUUUUAACAUCUGGGAGUACUGCUAACACGUCUUCUUCGUGUAUUGUGGUGUCAGGCCGCACAUAUGCUGAUAUUAUUCUAAUAACCCCGUAUGAUGUUUUAAUGACUACUAUUGUUGCCUCCAUGCUAAGUAGUCCGUCCGGUCAGUUUAUUCGGUGUUGGCACAACUCUUUUUUCACUAAAAUCGCUGUACCUCCGGAGCGUCCGUUUAUGUCGUCUCUAUAAACGUUGUAGCCUGGCCAGGUGAAUCUGUGUGUGUUACCUGGCAAUCUCGUUUCUUGUAGUGCGAAAAUAUCGUAAUCUUCUUCCUCCAAGAUCACUCCCAUGGUGUUUUCGUUUGUUCGUAGUCCUCCUGUGUUCCACGAGCCGAUCUUUAUUUGACUAGGAAGGUUGUUUGUCAUUUUAUUUUGCUUGUUGGGCUAUUAGUGUACCUAUGAGUGCCUGCAUGUUCUGCAGCAUACUCAAUAUGUCACCCGUUACUUGUGUUUUUUGUGCCGUUGAAGCUGACGAAGUUUUCUUGGCCGUUUGGGCGUAGCUAACUCCUGGGGUCGUUGUUUUUGUUUCUCCUUUUUUUGGAUUUUUUGGAUACCCCCUGUAGUUAGCUUGGUGAUCUCCUGCGCAGUUCAUGCAUUUUGGUUUUUCGGUCUAGCUCAGGGUGCAGUCCGCUGCCCUGUGAGCUCCUGCGCAUCUUACACAUCGCACGUCCAUGUUGCACGUGCUCUGUCCGUGGUGGAAACUUUGGCACCUGUAGCAUUGUACAGGUCCGUCGUGUUUUUUCUGUUCUACAACACUUAUCUUCGUGUGGCAGAGAUAUCUCAAGUUUUUGUAAGACUGCUCUUCUGCAGGCUCGAUAACUACCAUGUAUAUUGUUAUCAAUUUUCUUGUGUUGUCUUCAUUUUUUUGAGUAUAGCUCGUGAGUUGCCAUACUUUUUUGGGUUUCAGUCCUUUUUCCCUCAGCUCGAUUUCUACUUCCGAUGCUGGGGUGUUCACUGCUAGUCCUUUUAUUACUAGCUUUCUUUCUUUCUCUUCUUUGAGUGCGAACGUAUACUACUCUAUUUCUUUGUGCUCGCUCAGGAGCAUCUUCAUUUUGUUGAAAGUCAUCCACUGACUGCGUGGUGAUCUUUCCUGUAAAGCUGCCCAUUUUGCAUUGGGCGUUGAUAUUUCUCUGUAUCAGUUGUUUUCUGAUAACAGUCCACAUCAGUGGGGAUUUCAAUAUGAUUGGAAGUGGCCUCUUCUCUGGUUUUUUUUGUUUUUCUUCCUCGUCUCUCUUUAUUUUUUUUAAUUCUUCCUCUAUUUCUUUUCCACUUUCAUUACUGUCGUUUUUGUUUUCUUGCGUGGUUUUGUUUUUCGCUUUCUUUCGUUUUCUUUUGUUUUUCACGUGAAAUCCUCCUCUUCCAUUGGGCAGUCUUCGCUGUUGGAUUCCUCCAUGACUAUGGUCGGGCACUCGCAUUUCCUUUCCCACAUUUUGUUUUCCGUUUCCUUUUUUUGGUUAUUUUCAACUUGUUCUGUGUGAGUUUUGUUACUUUGUCCUCUAGUGCUUUCAUUGUUUCCUUCAUGUUGUCCAUUUUUACCAGAUUUAUUUCAAUUGUUCUUUUCAAUUGCUUAUUUUCUUCCUUCGUUUCAUUCAGUUCUUCUUUCUUUCUUUCUUUUCAGUUCUUCAUUUGUGGUAUCAAGAAGUUUCCUAUCUUUCGAUGUUCCCCUAUCGUAGGGUUUUUCUCUACAUUUGAGGUUUUCAGGCUCCAUGCCUGUACUCUUGUCUUAGUAAUUCUCUUUUUUUUUUAAAUUUCCUACAAUUUCCUUGAAAUUACCUAAAAAUAAAAUGUUAAGCCGUGCUGAGAAGUACGGUUGUUUCGAAAACGGAAAAAUUCCGCACAAUCAAAUUUGUGUUAACAAACACAAUUCUUUCAUGCCAAACUAUUUUCUAUCAUUAUAAAUAAAAGGCUGUGUCAAAGCACAGCUACCUGCAAUAAAGAAAGUUUAAUCAGUGUCUCACCUGAGUACCUGAGUCCGCUUUCACUUCACUUCACUCUCGCACUUGUUCACUCGUCGAAGUCUCGGUGUCAACUAGACUGCAUACUUCAUUCUAUUUGAGUGAGGUCAUUCAAAUAAGACGGGCGGAAGACUGAACUGAACGAUCCGACAGGAACGCCAUUCAGGUCAAAUUUUAAAUUAUAAUUUACUGUCUACAAGCGGACAGGUUUUAACCUAAGCCCCCAUAUGAGAUGGCCCUCCUUACCUCUACCCUCCAUAGUAUUUAGAAUAACAAAAUUUGUACAACAUUGCGAUCAUUUCUCGAGUGAAGGAAUACAAUUUUUUAGUGUAGUAUCUCCAAUUUUUAUUUAAAACUAAUUUUUUUUCAAUAUAAUGGAUAAUAAUAUGCUCGAAUGUGCCUUCUAUUAGAUACUUAUGGUAAUAUAUUGCACCAGCCAGAUUUUAUACGUUUAUAAAAUAGUUUUAAGACAAAACUUUCUGCCAUUCAUACCACAAUAUAAAAUUCUAAUAAGAAAUAUUUUACCUAUUAGGUUGCCAUAGGUUAAGGACUCCCUAGACACUGUUAGUGAGAUUUGGUCGUCAUAACAAAAAAAUGUGCUUUAUUUCACUUUACAUGUUGCAUAUUUAUAAAUUCUUUCAAAAUAAAUAUUAUUUAUUUGCAUUAAAAUUUAUAAAUCUUUGGUGAAUCAUGAAAAAAAUGAACCAAAUAAUAGUACAGGCAAAUUAGGCGAUUCUGAGAUAAAACCUUAAAUUAAAUUAGGCAGUUUUAAUUUUCUAGAUUCUGGGUGGUUUUGGGAUACUGAAUAAGUCUAGCAACUCUUAACAAAAUUACGGGCACGAGUUUUCGAAAUUUGAGGUUUAAAACUCAAAAAAAUAUUGAAAUAUUCGAAAACCUUGGCCUCCCAGAUAACUCUCCUCCAUUCUUCUCGAUCUACUUUUCUCCGCCACCUUCGGACGCCUAGUAUUUUUAAGUCCUGUUCUACGUCGUCCUGUCAUCUUAUGCGUGGUGGUCAUGGAAGCCUGCGCCCUUCCGGCUUUUGUAGGUAUGCAAGUGAUUCCUCUACCCUCUGACAUCCAUUUGACGUGACCAAGCCAUCUUAGUCUCGUUCUCUUGAUCUCUGCUACCAGGCUGGGCUCUCCGUAAGUCUCAGCGUUAGUACAGAUGCGCUAUUCUCCUUGGUCUUGGCCAUAGAUGCGCCGAAGUACUUUCCUCUCCCACGAGUUGAAUCUCAGUUUAUCCCUAGCAGUCAUUGCCCCGAUUUUAGAAGCAUACAUGACAACUCUUUUGUGCGCUUGCUGAGUAGGCGGGAUUUCGGCAUAUUUUGGGCACUGUCAUUCGCCUUGUUUCUAGCUUUCACUCUCUCCUGUAUCUCCUGCAGUUUCGUUGUUUUCAGUUAUGAGGAAACCAAGGUAUUUAAAGUUGUCAACAGGCUCGAAGGUGUAGUUAUCUACCUUAAACGCUGCAGUGUCUGCGCAGUCUCGGCUACACGACAUAAGCAUGUACUUCGUUUUAGCUUCUUUCACAUUGAGCCCCGCUCGAUUGGAUUCCUAAUUAAGUGUCCGGAAGUCCUCUCUAAGCUCUAAUUCCCUCCUGCUUAGCAGAUCGUCUGCGUAGGCCACCUUUUGUCUUAAUCGGUUAAGUAGGUUUCCUCCCGGGUUGGUCUGCAGCCUCCUAAAUAUUCUUUAAAAGGUCAGUUUGAAUAGAAUACAAAAAAAGCAGCCUGUUGCUUCAGACCUCCUAUGACGUUGAAUCGGCGUGAUGUUGUGACGGCUACCUUCACAUUGCAAUUGGUGUUGCAAAAGGCUAUUGUCAACUGUCUUAUUAGCUUGUCUGGACCACCAAGUACACUUACUGUUCCUCAAAUGUAGCACUUUUCAAGGCUACAGAGGAUGGUCAAUAUGUGGUCUGUCGUUGCUCUCUCUUGUAAAACCACAUUGGUAGUUUUCAAUCAUUCGCUCUGCGUACACAUCCAGCCUUCCCGACAGUAUCCUGGCGUUUACCUUGUAGGUAACGUUCAGUAGGGAAAUGCCUCUGUAGUUGGCGCAGUUUAGUGUUUUGAUCCCUUUUUGUAGAUAGGGCAGAUGAGUGCUGUGCUACAUUCUUUUGGCAUGGAUUCCACCUGAUGAGUCGAUGGAUCCUUGCCUUAAGUUGUUCCGCAUUUCAAAAAAAUUUACUUAUUAAGACUAAUAUAUCCGUCCAUUACUCUAAUUUUUAUCUCGAUAAUUCAUUUUGUAUAUUUUUUAUUAAUUUUAUUCACUCUAACAAUAAAUUAAGGAAUGUUUGUUUAAAGGUGUAACGAAUAUUCGGUAUUUAACAAUUUUCUCGCCGAAUAUUCGUUAUUCCGCCGAAUUACAAUUUGUGGCAUACCUAUCAAAUAUUUUUAUAUUUAGACUGUCCAAUCAAAGUUGUAUUCCAUUUUUUUAUAUAUAUUGUUAUGUUUUUACCACUUUUUGAAGUUUUAAUAAAGUAUAGCUUUAUAAUAAA